AUGGCAAAUGAAAUCACAGACGAUAAAAAGAAAAAAGCAAUCUUUUUAGCGUCAUGUGGGCCGGAAACCUACACAAUAUUAAAAUCGGUUGCCACACCGAUUAAUAUUGUAGAGGAAACAUUCACAUUUGAGGCGGCAACUAAGUUAUUGACCAACUAUUUUUGUCCGGCAGCGAAUGCAAUAAUUGAAAGGUUUAAAUUUUAUCGGAGAAACCAAGUAGAGGACGAAUCAAUUAUUGAAUAUUUGGCAGCGCUAAGGAAAUUGAGCCAAGACUGCAAUUUCAAGGAUUUGGAAGAAAUGUUACGAGACAGACUAGUCUGUGGCAUGCGCGAUGAAAAUUUACAAAAGCGGCUCCUGGCGAAUGACCAGUUAACACUAAAAAUAGCGCAGGAGGAAGCUAUAGCAUCAGAAACAGCACAAAAGAAUGCGACGGAACUUAAAACGUCAGCCAGCCUACCAGGGUUGAAUAAAAUUUCAAGCAACAAGGUAAAACCAAAUCGUGCUCCAGUGGACCAUAUUCAGAAUUGUUAUCGUUGUCGAGGAAAUCAUCAUUCAGAUCAGUGCAAAUUUAAAGACGCGGAAUGUUAUUAUUGCAAAAAGCGUGGACAUAUUGAGAGAGCUUGUAUAAAAAAAGCAAAAACCAAAAAGCCAGCAACAAAUAAUGGAAGAAGACCAAACAGAGUAAAUCUUUUAGAUACAAACCAGGAAACUCAAAAGACAGAGUAUUUAUGGUCAAUGUUCGUUAAAGGUAGUCCAUCGGUCAAGAGAGUGAUUACGAUAAGUAAGUCACCGGUACAAAUGGAAAUAGAUUCGGGGGCAAGUUACUCAAUAAUAAGUGAAAAGUUAUUUAGAGAAAAAAUGCCGUAUAUUCCGCUAAAACCAAGUCAAAUACAAUUAAGAACUUGGGGAACAGAGAAAAAUCUUAAACUGAGUGGAGAAGCAGAAGUACCAGUCUCGGUUGGGAACGUCACAAAGAAACUAAAGUUGUUAGUAGCAGCGGGUGAAGGUCCGGCUCUAAUCGGUCGAAAUUGGUUUAACGAUUUGGGAAUUACUAUAACCAGCAAUUUAUGCAAUAUAGAAUCAGCUAUUCCAGUAGAAGUGAUGAACUUCAGUUCAGUUUUUGAUGGAAAUCUUGGAGAUUACAAGGGAAAUCCUGUGGAAGCAGCAUUAAAGAAGUUGGAAGAUGAAGGCGCACUACGUUCAAUAUCCUUUAGUGAGUGGGCAACACCGGUUGUACCUAUAAUUAAACCAGAUGGUAGCAUACGCAUUUGUGGAGAUUAUAAGUGCACAGUGAAUCAAAUGCUUUGCAAGGAAACGUAUCCAUUACCUACUAAUACAGAAGUGCUGGCAACAUUAGCAAAUUGUAAGUGGUUUACAAAGCUGGAUUUAGAUCGAGCGUAUACACAGGUGAAGGUGGACCAAGAAUCAGCAAGGAUACUUACAUUAAACACACAUCGCGGACUUUUUGAAGUUACAAGAUUACCGUUUGGAAUUUCAACGGCACCAGGUAUAUUUCAACGGGUGAUGGAAGGAGUUCUUAAGAACAUAGAUGGUGUGAUUAUUUAUUUAGAUGACAUUCUAAUUGGCGGAACAACUUUGGAAGAGUUGUGGGAUAGAACACGAACUGCUCUGAAACGUGUACAGGAUGCAGGAUUGAAGCUUAAAAAAUCAAAAUGUGUUUUCGCAGUACAAGAGAUAACAUUUUUGGGGUUUAAGAUAAGCCGAGAAGGAGUGCGUCCAACUGACGAAAAGGUGAAGGCAAUAGCUCAAGCACCAGAACCAAUAAAUAAACAGCAGCUACAAGCUUUUCUUGGGUUAAUUACAUUUUAUGAUAGAUUUUUACAAAAUAAGGGCGAUCUAUUGGAACCGCUGUAUCGACUAUUAAGAAAAGAGAUACCUUUUAAAUGGGGUAAAGAACAGAAAUUAAGUUUUGAACGAGCAAAGAAACUAUUACAAUCAAAAAAUCUUUUGGUGCAUUAUUCGGCUGACUUACCACUGAUAUUAUGCGGAGACGCAUCACCGUAUGGAGUUGGAGUUGUUUUGGCACACAAGAUGCCGGAUGAUAGAGAAGCACCGAUUGCUUUUGGCUCCAGAACAUUACAGGGCGCGGAACGAAAUUAUUCACAGUUGGAUAAAGAAGCGCUAGCGAUUAUGUUUGGUGUGCAAAAGUUUCAUCAAUUUUUAAGUGGUAGACAAUUUACAAUAAUGACUGAUCAUAAACCACUAGUGGGAUUAUUUAAUCCAGAAAAACCAAUAUCACAGCAUAUAUCACCCAGAAUGUUAAGGUGGUCGUUAAAGUUAGGCGCUUACCAGUACGAGAUUAAAUUCCGAGAAGGGAAACAUCACCAGAAUGCAGAUGCAUUGAGCCGGUUACCUUUAAAUGAUGUAAAGCUACAAAUACCGGAAAUACCUGAAAUAUUAUACUGCAAUGAGGCUGAGGAACAGUUUUUAAUCACUGCGAAAGAAAUUGCACAAGCAACCAGAAGAGAUCCAAUACUAUCAAAAGUAAUGUGGCAUAUCCAAAGGAAAGAUACAGUUUUGCCAUAUAAAUCAAUCCAGUUUAAACCGUUUGUGAAUAAAAUCCAGGAACUAUCAGUGAAUGCACAAUGUUUGUUAUGGGGAGCCAGGGUAAUAAUACCAGCAACACUACGUCCCAGAAUACUUGAGAUGUUGCACGAAGUUCAUCAAGGCAUGUCGGCAAUGAAAGCAGUUGCGCGAAGCUAUUUUUGGUGGCCUGGUUUAGAUGAAGAUAUAGAAAUGUUAGCCAGACGUUGUGAAAAGUGUGCAUGUAACAAAAAGAAUCCUCCAGUAGCAGCAGGUAAACCAUGGCCAGCAACGCUAAGGCCAUGGUCACGGUUACAUAUUGAUUAUGCGGGACCCUUUAUGGGUACAAAUUUUUUUAUCGUCGUAGAUGCUCAUAGCAAGUGGGUAGAGGUAAAAAUAACCAGUAAAAUAAAUGCGAUUAGAACAAUCGAGUUAAUGAGAGAAAUAUUUGCAACACAUGGUAUACCAGAUACCAUUGUGUCCGAUAAUGGGCGAACGUUUGUGUCAGAAGAAUUUGAGAAAUAUUUAAAACUUAGCGGUAUAAAGCACAUACGUACGGCACCGUAUCAUCCAUCGUCAAACGGGCAAGCAGAAAGGUUUGUACAAACCAUUAAGAAUCACCUUAAGAAAAUGCAGUCUUCAGACAUCAGUAAGAAUUUGGCAAAUAUACUUUUGCAUCUGCGUACAACUCCUAAUGCAAAUUCAAAUUUGAGUCCAGCAGAAAUCUUGAUGGGAAGGAAGUUGAAAACAUUGUUAGAUCAUUUGCACCCCAGUGAUCACAACACUCAGAAGCAGCUAAAUUCUGAUGAGUAUUCCAAACAAAUAAAACCAGUUCGCAGUUUCCAGUGUGGUGAAAGUGUUUGGUAUCGAAAUUUUGGAAGAGGUGAAAAGUGGAUGCCAGGGAUUAUACAAUCAACAGGAGAUCGCAACUACAAAAUUCAAUCAAAUAGUGACAUAUUGUCGAGACAUAUUGACCAGUUGCAUAAGCGAGUUUCGGAGACACCGACAAGGUUAGAAUCCAAUAUAACUCCAGUAGCAGUAACUUCAGUGGCACAACCGGAAGAGCAAGACGACCAAGUAAGUGCAGGUCAGUCAUCAAAUGAAUAUAUCCUACCAGAUAGUCAAGUAGAGGGGUCAUUAGAAGAAAAAGAUAAAAGAGAUGAAACAUUGAAAUCGCGACCGUACCGGCAGAGGCAACCGCCAAAAAGGUUACGGGACUAUUUGAUGGGGGAGGAACUGUAG